AUGCCGAUCAUCUGUCAAGAAGAAAAAGAAGAAAGAAGAAAGCAGACUGGAUUAACCAUUUAUCAUAAUGACAAACAACCGUUCUCUGAUGAGCAACAGAAGUAUCGCAGUGAGAAUCGUCAUCAUCAACAACAUCCAACAUCGAGUGUUGAACAUGAAUUGCGUGAUUUCGAUAGAAUUCAAAUCACAGAUAAAGAAGAUGCGGCAACCCGAAUCAUGACAUAUGAAUCCGAAAUAAAAACCAAUAACUCAAUGGCUGAAGGCUCUUCAGACGACAUUGUAGGCAGUGAGGAAGGAACGAAAGCGAUAAACAAUGGCAACGAAGCAUCAGCAGUGUCGUUAAAUGAUAAAAUCAAUGAAAUUUACCGGAAGAUUGAGAAAAUCGAAGGCGAUUAUUAUGAUGGGAAAGGUAAAAUAAUUGAGAUCAGUGAGCGUAGAAUGUCGUCGUCAUCAUUGAAUGAUUCUGCAAGAAUUGAAACUUUAUCAAUAAAUGACUCGCCUGAUAUCAGAAAUGACGAAGCAAAAGUCAAUUCACCUCAGAAUAUUCAACAACUCGAAACUUUUCAUGAGAACAUUCAAAGGCCAGUCUCGAUUGAAAAUAAUAUUUACGAGACUGAUGAAAAUGAAUGGCCAGAAGCUUCGAAUGGAAAUGAAAUCAAAUCCCAAGAAACUUCCAAAGCAGAUUACAAUUAUGAAAACUUUGUUGCAGAUGAAAAUCAGCAGAAUUUUAUUCCAUCGCAAGCUUAUGACGAUGCUUUGACUACAGAAAACGAUUACACGUCAACUUUGCAAGCGUAUCAGAAUCAAGGUGAGUUUGGUCAGGUGCAGCAUCACAUGGCUGAUCUGAAACGUACAUGUAAAUUUUGGUUUCUCGGGUAUGAUGCUAGCGACGUGCAAACAAAUAAUGCUAUCUAUGAUAAUGCACAAUAUUCUUAUGAUUCAACUCAACAAAAUUACGAGAACUACGUCGACCCACAGCAGAAUCAGCAGCAACAACAGCAGGAAAGCGAAUAUGUUUAUUCUCACCAUGAUAAUACUCAACAACAAGAUGAAAACAGUUUCAAUCCUUCGCAUUCUCAACAAUUGGAUUCCAAUUAUCAGCACGGCAAUUAUGAUGAUGCUCAAGAGAUUUCGUCUAAUUAUACAAACGAUUUUGAUGCUGGAGUUUAUUAUGAUUACGAUCAAAGUCAGCAGCAACAACAGCAGCCUCAAACAUAUUAUGACGAUCCAAAUUAUUCACAUGAACAAUCAGAAGAAUAUCAAGAACAAACUCCGCAACUUUAUUAUGAGAAUAUCGACAACAACAAAGUCGAAAUGAAUCAAGAGCAACCAAAUGAUGAUAAUUUUGAAUAUUCAGAAAAUAUCGCAUACAAUUUAAGCAGUGAUGAGAAUCACUCUCAACAAAUUAUAGAAACACCACAAACAGAUAUCUACAAUAUCUCGAAUUCUGACAUGAAUGUGUAUGAAUCACAACCGACAAGCGAAAUGAUGCCUCUUGAAACUGUAAACUAUGAACAGAUUCCAGAACAAAAUUAUGAAAAUGUGGCGAAAAUGAGUGCUGUGGGAGAUGAAAGCACCACGAAUAUGACAUCAUUAUCUGAACUUUCAAAUCCAUUGAACAUAAAUAGUGAGAGAGAGAAAGAUUUCAAUGAUUCAAAUCGGCCAUCGAAAAAAGAUGACAUCAAAUUGGUGAAGCAAUUACUUGAUAGUGAGUCAGAUGACACAACAACGAGAUCGAAUCUGUUAAAAACUUCUAUUAAAGAAGAAACUGAUGAAAGUGAUUUUGAUAUAUCCGCAAGUUAA